ACAGUCUUACAGUGUUACUCAGGCGUCUCUUGCUCGGUCUGACACCAGGCUGCUGUUCAAUCAGGAUACUCCAGCUUGUAGCAGAGCCAACAUUUCACUGCAUCACUAUAAUAUAUAGCCGUAUUGAAGAUUCUGCCCCAGUUCUUUACUGCAGGCGAUGAAGAGUUUUCAGUGCUGUUACUUCAACUCUGGAGCCGCAGGAAUGCUGUCAGCAUGAGAGAACAUUUAGCCCAGAUCUUCCAUGGUCAUAAUGAAUGAUUGACUCUUUGGCUCAAUGUGCCCUGCGUUGUGUGGAUGUAUGGAUUUAUUGGCUUCUGUGGAUGAUUUAGAAGCAUAUCUUUACACAAUUUGGAGGUGUUUGCUAUUGUGUGAGCCACCGGAGUGCUUUAUUACCAAAGGAACAUACUCAGUAUUUUUCUCUCCAGCCUAUUUGGAUGCUACAGCUGUAGUGAUAGCAGUAGUCGAGAGCCAUAACCACCCCAGCUGCUGCACAGAGCACAGCCUGACAUGGAGAUAACCUGUGCUUUAUUUUAGGUAAUGUAGUUUGAAGAAAUCAACCCUGGUGUAAGGGCUCUGCCUGGGCAGGACACACACACACACACACACACAGCAUUAGAGCAGUCUGAAAGUUAGUGAGAAGCUGUAAUGUGCUGUGUACACUCUCAUCAGAGCUGCCCAUGCGGGUAAGUGUGUUUCAGACUCUUAGGCUUAGGGGAGUGAAGUGUGGAGCCAUGAGUCUGCUGUGCUGGUUAGAGGGAGGUAGGCACUCUGUAGCCCCAUUGCUGCUGCUCCUGCUCUGCUGUCCUUCUCUUUCUAUCCGUCCCAGAUCCUCCCAUCCCCGUGAGCCACACAAACACAUGCACAAACAGGAAAACAUUACACUGGCUGUUAUUCUGCCUAAGGACAAUAUCUUGUACCCGUGGGCCUGGCCACGUGUGGGACCUGCCCUACUGCGCGCAAUAGAACUCAUCAACGCAGAUUCUUCGCUCCUGCCUGGGUACAGACUGCACCACGUUUUUAGUAACAGUGAGAAUGCUGAUGGUAUUUGCUCUGAAUCUGUUGCUCCACUAAUGGCUGUGGACCUGAAGUUCAGUCAUGAGCCAUGGGCUUUCAUUGGCCCAGGUUGUGACUACACAGCAUCUCCAGUGGGCCUCUUCACCACACACUGGGGUCUACCCAUGAUCACGGCAGGGGCACCAGCAAUAGGCUUCCUCCGUGCCGGGGUCUACACCUCCAUUACUAACACAGGCCCUACGCACAAAAAGCUGGGUGAGUUUGGCCUUCAUGUGUGUAGACACUUUGGCUGGGGCCAGCAUGCCCUGUUGAUGUUUGGAGACAGCAAAAUGAGUGAGCGCGAGUGCUAUUUUGCCAUCGAGGGUCUUUAUAUGGAGUUGCAUGAUGCCAAAAUCACCACGGUGGACCUUGUGUUUGAGGAGGACAGCAAGUCCAUCAACUACUCUGAGCAUCUGCAUAAGAUAAAAGAAGAGGGUAGAGUGGUGUUUGCAUGCUGUGCUCCGGAUAUCUUUCGGCAGCUAAUGGUGAACUUCCGAAAGGCGAAUCUUCCUCAGGAGGAGUUUGUCUUCAUCUACAUUGAUAUCUUUGGACGCACCGUGGUGUCACAACCUGCCCGGCCUUGGGCCAGAGGAGACGCUGACGAUGACCUAGCAAAAGAAGCAUACCAGAGUGUGAAAAUCCUGACAUACAGAGAGCCACAGAAUCCAGAGUAUAAAGACUUUGUCACUGAUCUGAAAGCAAAUGCUAAGAAGAUGUUCAACUUCACAGUGGAGGACUCUCUGAUGAACAUAAUAUCUGGAGGAUUCUAUGAUGGCCUAAUGCUGUAUGCUCAUGCACUCAAUGAGAGUUUAGCAGAUAGUCAGAGCCAACUGUCAAGAGAAAGUGUCACAAAAAGGAUGUGGAACCGAACAUACUAUGGUGUGACCGGACUUGUGCAGAUAGAUGAUAAAGGAGAUAGAGAGACUGACUUUGCUUUAUGGGAUAUGACUGACACCAACACCAGCAUCUUUGAGAUUGUGGCUGUGUAUAAUGGUACAAAGAAACAGAUGGAGACGCUGCCUGACAUGGCCUUCCACUGGCCAGGAGGCAGUGUUCCCCCUGACAUGCCUUUCUGUGGUUUCAAGAAUGACAACCUUGCGUGUAUCGCACGGACCAUCACAAUGCACCAGAUGGUGUCAAUUGUCGUGUUCUUUAUCCUUGUCAUCAUCUUUACUGUCACCGUCUUCAUAUAUAGGAAGCUGAAGUUGGAGAAGGAGCUGGCUGCUCAGCUCUGGAGGAUCUUCUGGGAGGAUUUGCACAUGAGCAAUCUAGAGAAGGUGCUGCGCAGUGCGGGCAGCAAACUGACCCUCUCUCUGCGAGGAUCAAACUAUGGCUCUCUGCCGACUGCUGACGACAACUUCCAGAUGUUUGCUAAGACUGCCUACUUUAAGGGAAACAUUGUGGCUAUCAAAUUUGUCAACAGGAAACGCAUCGAACUCACCAGGAAAAUGCUGUUUGAACUGAAGCAUAUGCGGGAUGUGCAGAACGAUCAUCUAACUCGCUUUAUUGGGGCAUGCAUUGAUCCUCCCAACAUCUGCAUAGUCACAGAGUACUGCCUGCGAGGCAGUCUGCAGGACAUUCUGGAGAAUGAGAGCAUCACACUCGACUGGAUGUUUAAAUACUCACUGAUCAAUGACAUUGUGAAGGGAAUGGCCUUCCUUCAUAACAGUGUGAUUGUAUCCCAUGGUAAUUUGAAGUCCUCAAACUGUGUGGUGGAUAACCGCUUUGUGUUGAAAAUAACUGACUAUGGGUUAUCAAGCUUCAGGACUGAAUCCAACAGCGAGGACGCUCACUCCUACUAUGCACGGAAGUUGUGGAUGGCUCCAGAGCUGUUGAGGAUGGGCAGCCCUCCUGCAGGCGGCACACAGAAAGGAGAUGUCUACAGCUUUGGCAUCAUCCUGCAGGAGGUGGCACUGCGCAGAGGUGUCUUCUACAUAGAGGGAGAGACACUCAGUCCUAAAGAGAUAGUGGACCGUGUGGCUCUGGGUGAGUGGCCAUACCUGCGGCCGGCUGUUAACACCCAGGCGCACAGUGAGGAGUUGGGGCUCCUGAUGCAACGCUGCUGGGCAGAGGAGCCUGCAGAGAGACCAGAGUUCAGCCACAUCAAAGUACUUCUGCUCAAACAGAACAGGGAGCACAGCAGGGAUAUCCUGGAUAACCUGCUGUCUCGGAUGGAGCAGUAUGCUAAUAAUCUGGAGGAGCUGGUGGAGGAGAGGACGCAGGCUUACCUGGAAGAGAAGCGCAAGGCGGAAGCCCUACUCUACCAGAUACUGCCCCACUCAGUGGCAGAGCAGCUGAAGAGGGGGGAGACCGUGCAGGCUGAGGCUUUCGACUCAGUCACCAUCUACUUCAGUGAUAUUGUGGGUUUUACUGCCCUGUCUGCUGAAAGCACACCACUGCAGGUGGUGACUCUCCUAAAUGAUCUCUACACGUGUUUUGAUGCUAUUAUAGACAACUUCGAUGUUUACAAGGUGGAGACGAUUGGUGAUGCCUACAUGGUUGUCUCCGGUCUGCCGGUGCGUAAUGGCAAGAUGCAUGCAUGUGAGAUUGCCCGCAUGUCCCUUGCUCUGCUCGAGGCCGUCAAAACAUUUAAGAUUCGUCACCGACCGGACCAGCAGCUCAAACUGCGCAUCGGUAUCCACAGUGGCCCUGUAUGUGCUGGUGUAGUAGGGCUAAAGAUGCCUCGGUACUGUUUAUUUGGAGACACAGUGAACACAUCAUCACGCAUGGAGUCCAAUGGCGAGGCCUUAAAGAUCCACGUGUCAUCGGCAACACAUGAUGUGCUGCAGGAAUUUAACUGCUUCCAGCUUGAGCUGAGAGGAGAUGUGGAAAUGAAGGGCAAGGGCAAGAUGAGGACCUACUGGCUGCUGGGAGAGACAAAGAGCAGUGAGUGAAUGGCGUAAGGUGCUGAGCAGGACCCAGAUGGUGCACCUAAAUCCCUGCUGCCAGGACUUCCUCCCUCUGUUUGCACAGUCCUUCACCUGUAUUCCAGUAUACAGCAUUGUUGGAGUUGAACUCUGGCUUUUCUACUGAUUGAGAAACUUUUAGAUAUUUUGUACACUGUGAUCACCACUUGUUGAUAUUUUGCUUUUAUAAAUUAAACACGUAAUGUCAUUAAGAUCCUGAGCAGACAUGUAAUCCCAUUAAACACAGCUAGUAGUAUUUAUGUAUCUCAAGGUUCUGAGGUGUUUUAGAGGAUGGGUGCCAUCUGAGUCUGUUGAUUACUCUAACUUACAGGAUAGAAAGUCUCUUCAGCUUUUUAGGGAUUUUGUCCAAAUUGAACUUUAUAUUGUGAAAUGAUUUAUACUAUAUAAUUUAUUUCACAUGAAUAACAUCUGUAUUUUCGUGAAGAAUGUACAGUGAUUAUUUUCUGUGACAGAGUACAACUGACAUUGCAUCUAGCUGUUAAGACUUUGCUCUUUUUCAUUCUUGUUAAAAAAAUGAAAUGCUGAGCAGUAUAUGUUUUAAUAUUGAUGUUUCAGAGUAGAAUCUGUUCUAGAUAAUAAAAAAGAAAUCACGAAAGUGGUACUUCUUCCAGACAGAAUUCAGCACACUCAGAUUAUAAUCCGACUAUCAUUAUUAUUAAUUAUUAAUUGUUAUUUUACUAAUGCAAGAUGUACCUGAUUUUCAAUAGGUUUUUACAAUGUUAUCUAAUUAAAAUUCCCCUCUUCAGAAAGGGGAAAACUUGGCUCCAAAAUCAUUGUAUUUUUUUGCUAUAUUUUACAUUGUUAUUUUUCUAGCAUAUUAGGCCUCAAAUACUCUGUAUAUGAGGAAAUUGUUGGAGCUUGGGGUUUUUCCAAUCUGCAGUGAUAUUCAGUGUAUUUUUGUAAUAAUUAUUGUUUAUGAAUUUAUAAUGGAACAUUUAGCACCCACAUAACACUAAGUCAUAACUGCAUAUUAGUUAUUGUACACUAUAAUUUUCUGAAUUACAUUGUAAUAAUAGCACACUAUUUUUAUGUUAUUGCUAGCUACAUGCGAGUGCACUUGAAUUAAAACGAGUGCCUUUCAAUUACGUAAAAUACGUAAAAAUUUUGUGCUGAGAUAGAUUUAUAUGAGCUCCAGUGCCAUCUGUUGGUUGUAUGAGUCCUUGACUAUGAUUUAAAAAUGUUUUUAAUUUUCACUGAAAUGCAGUGUUUGCCCUGAAAGUAUUUCCCUUACUAAAGUAUUUUAUAUACCACUUCAUGACAAUGCAUUAUCACUGGAAAAAGCCUGCAAAAUCUAAUCCUCUAAAACAAAAACAUUUUAAAUAAACUUUUUAAAACGUCUCCUGACAUAAUGAGAGACGUUUGUUCGUUGCUUUUACCACAAGUCUUAUUUAUUGUAUUUCCCUCCAGAUGUAGUGAUCCAUGCCCCGUAUUUUCAUCGAUAGGCUGCGUUUUCUGGGGUCGAUGCCGUUGAAUCUACUGGAACGUAUCGCAUGUAGCGGUUCCAUGGUGUAAUGGUUAGCACUCUGGACUCUGAAUCCAGCGAUCCGAGUUCAAAUCUCGGUGGAACCUGUUUGUCUUUCUUUAUGGGGCAAAGCACAUGGGGAUUCUCUGCAAAUGUCAAAGAGCUAAUCUCAUGCCUGAGCCUAGGUUUGGCCAGGACGCUUGCCUCAUAGUCAUUAGUAUGCAUGUCUCACAUGUCUUGGGAAGUAAUAGUGCCUGUAAUACCAUAUGCUUCCUACUGUGUAAUAAAUGAUUAACUGUGAUCUAAUAUUUGCAAUAAGCAUUUCUUCCACAGCACAAUAAAUAAUCAAUCAAAUAAUGGGCUAUUCUACAAAACCAACCUGAUAAAAUCCAGUGUUUAAUAAAUUAUUUAA